AUGUUUCCAGGUUUGCCAAACCGCCUCCAGUUUAUUGCAGAGUAUUGCUUGGCUUCUCUAGUUUAUCAUUUAGCCUUUCUGAAGGCAACACUAUCGCCGAAGCACCACAUCUUUGAGAUUCCAAUUUUCCAGGACGAGCGCCGGCUUUCGAAUCUAUUUUCACGAGUUAGAACAGGGGAUGGUUGUACUGAAUCACGCAUACGCCCCACCGGUGUUCCUCCUCAUGUAUCGAUACUCUGUGAAAUGAAGUGGCUGAAGGAUGCAUUAGUUGACUCACUGACCAAAAUCGAAGCAACCCGAGUCGACACGGUCCACGAUAUUAUUUCCGAGCUGGAAAAGAGAGCUAUUGGUGCGGGCACCGUGACGUAUGACGGUCUUCACGCUGCAAUCAAAACUUGA